AGAUCAAACAAGUAUGAGGAACCACUGAUGAUAGUACCGUGGGUGCGCAGCAUAUGCCUUAUUAACCACCGAUGACGUUGAAAUCAUCAGCGAAGAAGUAUCGAAGUUCUCAAUGAUUUUUGACUACGUCGUGACAUCAGGAGGAAUAGGCCCCACUGAAGACGAUGUUACUUAUGAAGGUGUUGCAAAAGCGUUUGGUGUCGAUUUGAAACUGAACGACCAAAUAUCAGCUGCAGUUGAGUCGUUUUUUGGGAAGAAAGAUUCGAGUGACGCCAUAUACAGGCUAGCUAACAUUCCCUCCAACUCGAAACUUGUUUGGAAUCCAUCUAGAGACUACCCUAUUGUUACUGUUGAAAACGUCUUCAUCCUACCAGGAGUCCCUCAAAUUUUUGAGAAAAUGCUUCCCUUGAUCGAAGAUCAGUUCAAAAGUACGGGCGGAACUUCGGAGAAAUUCACUAGAUAUGUGUACAUAGAUAAAGGCGAGAUGACAAUUUCAAAUGAGAUUAAUGCAGUUUUUAAGAAAUUCCAGCUACCAGAAGUACAGCUCGGUUCGUACCCCAGUUGGACAAGUAAUUACUACAAAACCAAGUUCACAAUUGACGCGUUAAGCGAGCAACUUCUUGAUGAUGUCGAAAAUUACCUAUCCAAAUUACUUCCGGAAGGUUCGAUUAGACACGAUAUAAUUGAUGACCCAAUUCAAUUACUACCUCAAUCUGUGUACAAUUUUGAUUCCGAUUUAGUUAAAAAUGUAGUGAGCCUUAUCGAGAAGGCUUUGCAAGAACAUGGGCCAAAUAACGUGGUUCUUUCUUUCAACGGAGGAAAAGAUUGCACUCUGUUACUUCAUAUGUACGAGGCGGUGUUAAGAAAACAUUUCCCGACGGAAAAGGCGAAUUUGCUCUUCAUAGAAACAGCAGAAUCCUUCGAAGAACUGGAAAACUUCAUUGAAGCUACAAAAAAGCGCUAUUCAAUUGGUGGAUAUUACCACAUCAAAAGCUCCAACAUAAUCGAAGGAUUGAAAAAGCUGAACAAAGACAGCCCAAAUAUCUACGCCAUCAUUUUGGGAACUCGCAGUACAGAUCCAGGCGGGAAGAACGCCGCUGAAUUCCAGCCAUGUGAUCCUCAAUACGGUAACUUUCUGAGGGUGAACCCAAUUCUAAACUGGCGCUACUCCGAAGUGUGGAACAUCAUCAGGACUCUCCAGAUACCCUACUGUAUUCUGUAUGACCAGGGAUACACCAGUCUAGGGUCCAAGUCCAGAACGAAAAAGAACCCAGAACUGUUUGUGGAGACUAUUGGCAAGAGGGAUGUGUACAAUCCCGCAUACUUGCUGAAAGCUGAGGAAACUGAAAGAUGUUCGAGAGACUGAACUGAAAUUUUUUCUAGUCAUUAAUGUCGAAUUCAUGAGUACACAAUUUGUUUUUUUUUAACAUGUGUCAUUAAAAUUUUCUUUG